GGAACCUAUCAUCACCGCUUGUUUCCUCGAAGUAGUGCAACUGCUGCGCGUGAUGGGGCGACAAGACGGAUUCAAGAAGUAAUCCUCACCGCAAUCAUUACCACAUUUAUACACAACACUUGAAAAAAAAAGAACAAGGAUGCAGAGCUCAGCAAAGCCACGCUCCGUUAACGCAGACGGACUGGACAUGGCUGCGUUUCGAGCUCUCCUUGCUUUUCUCCCUGACGGUCUUCGCGAGUUUGCGGAUACGACGCUCACGAAAGCAACCGACCUCUACGAAUGUGACCGACACUACGAGGUGGUGGCGGCGGUGGAGUCCGUGCUGGAGCGAUGCAAGCAGACGCUGCAAACCGCCUCAUUGCAGGACGCACCUCUGCAGGAAGACAUUGAGCCCGUUGCGACGAACUCAAAUUCCGCGGUGGAGAUGUCUCGCGCCACCAGCGCCACUCCGCUGCCCACCACGCUCGCCGUAGCCGUUUCCCAUCGAUUUGUCGAAAGCUCUCUGCUGUUUACCUUUGCCCGCAGCCGCACCGCCGUUUCCGACAGCUUAACAUGCGAAAUCGAAGACGAUGAAGGCUGGAAGCUGGUGAACGACCACGGGAACGGGACGGGCACGUAUUACCGCUACGAAGACGCGAACGAUGCGCACUUUUUCAAGGUGCGCGGCAUCGUCCAGUCAGCAUCCUUUACGUUUGCAGCGUCAUCAUGGAGCUCGACCUCUUCUCUGAGUGGUUCCCGAAUUGCGUCAAAUCGGUCAGUCAGGGCGAGGUGUCGCGGUACUACCGUUCGGCGUACAUGGUGAUUAACGCGCAGUGGCCGUUUGCCCCGCGGGAUGUGCUGAUGCUCGGAGCUGGCAUCGAUGACCUGGAGGCGCGGAACCGCAUUGUGAUUGUUGCGCACAGCAUCCCCUUCGCCGGGAUGGAGCCGUGUAAGCUGGUGGGCGCGGACUCGGCGACGAACACCCGCGCGCUCCACCUGCCAGGCGUGGCGCCGCCGGGCAUUCGUGUGCCGGUGCACAACAACUCCAACGUGGUGUGCGACAUCAUCUACACCGGCUUUGAAAUGAAGAUGCUCAUGCCGACCGAGACGCGGCUGUCGUUUAUCCUGUCCGUGGGCCCCAAAGUGCCACACAUACCGCAAGGUGUGCUGAACUGGAUGUCUGGCAAGGUGAUGUGGGCCAUGCUUGGCUUCAUGGAGUCGGCAGCGAAGAAGGCGACGCAGAAGGACAGCAAGUACUAUCAGCGGCGUCGCGAGCGGCCGGAUGUGUAUGACCUGCUGCGGCAGCGGUACAAUGACCUUCUCAAGAGUAAGUUUACGCGAGAAGAGUACGCGGAAUAUGUUCUGAAAAACGACUAUUGA